AUGUUCGUGACCAAAUUUCUCUCUCCUGUUUACUUCGGCCGAACAAGCGAGGUCUAUAGACGGCUCCAACCUAAGGAUAAAGGUGAAUGGGAUUCACGGUAAGUGUAAUUGCAUCCGUAUUUUGCUAUAGUUAUAGUCCUUCGAACUACCGAUUUUCGUGUGAAGAGAAUAUUCUCUUCAAUCAUAUAUGUAUGAUUGAACCUUUUUCCCCAUUCGUUUGCAACAUCGACUGUUCUAAGACUGACCUUCACUUAACUCCGUCAGAGGUUAGACAAAACCGUAGUGAGAAGCUUAAGAGGGAUAAUGAAUGGAUAUCGUUGUCGUGGCAUCAUACCCAUACCACUGCAGUGCUGGACGCCAUGGAUGAAAUACUACUACAUUCGAGAUUGCCAGCCUCCCAUUCAUUGCAGACUUCCCCGUGGUAAAACAGAACCUGUUUCUUAGUUCAUAUACAGGAAAAGUUAUCUCGUAUUGUUCAGCCGCCAUACUAGCAAUUUCCCGACCAGUUUUCGUGUGGGUGUCCUCAUCGCUCCACAUAACAGUUUGCCGGUGGAAGCGAACAGGCGAGUUCCAGGAAACAGUUGCAAUAAAGAGCACACGAUCGCCGGAUCGAGAGCAUUACCCGCUCGACGUCUCAGCGUCGCACUUGUGCCCGUCAUCGGAGACAAAAUCAGAUAGCGAAUCCGAACGUGAAUUCGAAACGUCGGACGAGUAAGACUUAUUCCAGCGAUGGUGCCUCAUUUUUCCGCUGAAUAAUCAUAAAUUUGAUUCUUGUGUUUUCUGUGCUAUUUAUGUAUGUCCAAAUAACUAAUUGCCGAUAGGGACUCGUGCUCUGAGUGGUCUCCUAAUAACCCUGCCAGCACCAGCCGCGGAGAGCGCCUUCUGGCCGAUGGGGCUGGUGCUAUUUAUGGCAGGGCUGGAAACCGACAAUUGGCGUAGCCAUGGCUAGGCUUGGGACAGUUUGGCCAUUUCUAACUCCGCCCCCCCCCCCACCUACGCUAAAAAGUGCACAGGAGGCCUCACCCAUUCGCUCGUUUUUUGCCAUUAUUUUACUACUGAAAAUUUCGCCAAACGUUAUGUACCCGCAAGCCAUGGAUAAGAACGUAACUCCUAAGUGUAUUCAAGCGACCCUCACAUAUGUGAUUUAAAGUAUGACCCCCACUUAUUUCGGGCACUUCCCUAACAGAAGGUAGUUGGUAGUUAGCAGUCUACUGGCGUUUAGAUUUGCCUCCGUACCUGUCUCUGGCUCCAUGGAACCAGUUGAUGGCCGUUUUUCGAAAAGUCUCUACAGUAUUGUUACUAAAGCUGCCAUUCUGCCGAAUGGUAUCUGUACGUGUUUUAAAAAAAGUAGAUUUACCGGUUAUAAAGCCACGUAGGCAGCUUACUGGUGGGUCUGCCCCAACAAGAGCUAAGGCAUAGCAGUGGACAAAGUAGAACAGUCAGAAGAUUUCUAACUAACUCCCCCUCCGUUCGCCUCCCAGCAACAGACAACGGUUUUCACCUGGAAAGUGCCGUUACCGCUGGGGGACCCACUGAUGAGACGAACCCCUCGCAGCUGUGUCAUGCAGCGGCAGAAUAUUGACGAAACACACCUGUAUGAGCUUUUGGCCAGUACCUGUGCUGUUAGCAUGGUAUCCCUUUCCCCAAAAAAAUUACCGUUUACAUAUAACUGAUAACGUAUCGCUCCCUGUUUAAAGUCGUUCUCAGAAGACAGCCGAUCAAGGAAGUCAUUGUACGCCUCGUCGGUACACAGAUACGCUCGUCCCACUGUCCGCAAUAUGUCAGACAAGGUUGUCUUCACUUGCUGCAGGUCACUGGGGCUAUCAGUUUAAAGACAAAACCGGAAACUUUACACACUCAUUUCCAGUAAUGACUGACCGACAGAUGAACAGGUUGUUUUGGGUCGUCUCUUCUGUAGUCUCGUGUGAAUUCGAGAGAGGGUUGUUUCUUGUCCAUGUCCCACUUUGUUCGAGGACAGGCUUUCUUCGUUAAAGUUGUCACACUUAAAGCGUUUUGUCAUGAAGCCAACAUUUUCCUAUUCUUUCCCCACCUUUAACACUAAGUUUAAAAAACAGGUGGUUCAAGUUAUUUUCGUGGGAAAUGGAUAUAGGAACUUUCAUGAAAUCCACUCCUUUUUGUAUUGCAUUUUUCUAAACGACGUUGACCACACACGCCUAUUUGUAUUGAAGUCCAUCUUAGUCACUCACCAUACUUAGCUUUGUGGACCGGAUAACGGACCGUUGCCCCUAAAGCUACCAACUUUCUGCUUAUGGGAGUUAACCCCGCACUUGGCACUUAGGAGCCCAGCACCUCAAUAAAACUACCAAAACACCAAUUUACGGUUCCGGAUGCUAGAGCUUGAGUGCCUUUAAUGCCGGCUUUUUCCUGAUUACAUAUCCUCUUAUCUCAACGAAAACAUUUUUCUAUCAAGUGUUCGACCACUUAACCUUCCAUUAUUUUUCGAAGGCUUCUACUUGACUGUCCCCCAUUUUACCUGGAAUGAAGGACUUUUAAAACUUAUUGGGCGCUUUUCAGUUGCGAUACAAGCUAAGUUAUCACAUAUAGAAAUAACACGUCUUAUCUUUUGCCUAUUUGCAAUUUGUAGGUGAUAAUUCGCGCUUUUCUGUGACUCAUUAUGGACAUUUCUCUGUUUUACUGUUACUUUAAUAGCAUUUCUAACUCUGUAAGUGCUAUGUCCCACAAUUCUCUUUUAUUCUGGUCCAUUUCCCUGCUUUAAUCAUAGUACGUGUAUUACACCAUCGCUUUUGGGUGUCUUCAAGUUGUAACGUGUCCAUACGCUUCGGUCACGUCUCAAACUGUUUUGAAUCUAAUUAUACUUCAAUAUUUAUAUUACACUGGUAUAAUUAUCGCCGUUUAGUUGAUCUUGCAGUUCAUUAAGCUCUAAGUUUCCCCGUCUGAUUUUCCUUAACUUGAUGCCCCAUAAUUUACUUUGCUUUGCUACCAUAUUAGACUUUUACUUUGACCGGCUUGCCAUAUGAUCCAGGGACUUUCGCUUCUUGAGCUUUUUGAGACACCAUAUUAGAUUCACUAGACACUUGCCCUGCGUGAAUUCUGCUGUGUAAAAGGGACUCGAAGGAUCCUAUUCAUUAACCCUCACCAUAUGUAACGAUCUUCACGCGGAUCAGGACUAAUUGGUGUUUUGCUUGUAAACAUUUCGUCUAACAAUGGCUCACACAAAAAUGGCCUUACCAGAAUAGUUUCAGUAUACACAUAAUAGAAAACCAGUAGGUAUGAACUCCAUAGAAUUCAGACGGCCCUUAAAGACGGCACCUGUGUACAAUUGUUAAGCACACUCUGCUAACUCAAAGGAGUGCAAUGGAAGUGAAACCAUGUCUUAUAUAAAUAGCCAGAGCGUCUAGUGCCUGAGUCUGAUAGUCGCUGGGUUCUAGUUGCUCAGAACACUUAUACUACCACUCACAAUACUAUUUGCAAUAACACAAGGAAUACGUAGAAGCACUGUCUAAAAACUGAGCGGGCGAGUUGAAAGUGUCUACCGGCCUUAUCAUGCAAAUAAAGCUAAUCCUUUUUUUCCUCGAACUCUUGGUCGCCAUUCACUACUCGGUAUUACUGAUGCAUUCGAUGUUUUCGCUGUUCGACUGCAACCACUAAUUUUAUCGUCAUCGCUGUCGUUAAACUUUCACAUAUCUCAGUUGACUAGAAGUAAGGAGAGAGUUCCAACCACACAAAAAUCGAUCUUGCUGUCUGGAGUUUUUACUUUUCACCAUAAUCUGUCCUUUGGUAAGUAAAGCACGCUCGAGAAAAUGCAGUACUUAUAGAAUUCACUUUUUAGUCGUCGAGCGCUGAGCCGCCACUGAGCAUCAGUGAUCGUCAUCCAUCGUGCCGUUAAUCUUCACGUCAGCUGCACAGCAGAAGCUUUAUUGCUUUCCAUGCCCUUUAAACUUUCUUACUUGGAUUGAUUGCUGCCAGACUGGUGCGUCGUGGCUCAGCCAGCUUGGCCCACGAGACCGUUCAUAAUUACGGACAUCCCACGUCCGUUGAACUCAAAUCACGGAUUUAUGCCUACCGCCCACAUGGCGACCCAGUUAAUGGACGCCACUUUUUUCACUGUUGUUUCGUAUUCGUCUAUUUACGUCCGUCACUUCUUGUUUCAAUAGUGGAUAUUUCAGCCAAUAACUAACGCCAGCUGACCGACUCGACUGUUUAUUCCGCUUCGCUUCAGGUUUUCACGCUAGGGUGGCCGUUGACCUCUGAAGCGUUCUGAGAUAUGGUCGUUUACGAUAUAAAUUUGGUUCUUCGCGGGGUUCUUUCAUCUUGCCCCGUAUGACUGCACGAACGAUAGUCUUCGCUGAAUCUCAUCAUACCUGUUUGAUCAAGGCGGGAUUCCAUAGUUGAAGUGCUAGUUCACUUGGCUUUGGCCGUUUUCAAUUAUGCUUUGUAACGCGUUGCACGCAUUGUUCCCCCGUCGGGCCCUUUGGUGAUAAUGGACGUUCUGGUUGGUCAUGCUGCCCUGGCCCGGGGCCGCAUAGUUUAGGCUUUACAUUCUGCAUAGUUCUCCUUUAUCGGAAUCAUUUUGUCACCCUCCUUGAAGAUAUUCUUAUGUUGUCUUUUUCCUAACAGUUUAAGAAGUUUGUAAUUAGAGUUGUGAAAAUCCCCAUAUCUGUAUUCAGACGAAAAGGGGGCGAGCGAACGUUGCUUCCGAUAACUUCUCGUCAGGCCAGUACAGUUAUAUGGAACGGGGUACAGUGAGUGAAGAAAAAUCGAUAAAAGUUGGUUUCGAUAACUUCUCGCCGGGCGGUGUUUGCGCUUACCUGGGUUGAUCACUCGUCGCUCCUGUCGGUCACCUGCGACCGACAGACCAGCGUCAGGAGCCCCAAUUCACACCCGACACGCACACCCUGCUUGCUCGCCCUGUCCCAAAACAUGCAGACCUCGCGUGAGCCCAUUCGGUCAAAUAUGCGUUCACAAAAGCAUGCAGUACUAAAACUGCACACCCCACUCUACCCGAAUCCACUUUGACUACACGCGUGCUUAUUCGGUCACUCCUAAAUAUACAACCGUUGGCAACACAUUACUCACGAGGCGCCAUGGGAUGCAGAUUUUUAGCCUUAAUAUAAUAGGCGCAAUAUGGUAAGUGGGAUGUGCGUACCCCACUCGCGUGACAACUGUGCUACUGAAGGAAGCCCACUCAUUCAGGUUAGAGGGUCACCACGUGUGUGUAAACGCAGGCGAAGACUUUCACGCUGCCUCAGCCAUUGCCCCAAUUUAAUUUCCAAUUGACAUAACUCGGACAGAUCAUCGGCGUAUGGGAGAGGGAAGUGAAGCAGAUACCAGGGCGGAACCCAUUAUCAGCGCAUUCCUCACUGUAACAAAUCGGACGUGCUGAAGUCUAACACGACGCGCUAAGUGUCGCGACUUGAAAGGUUGUCAGCCGACGGCAUGAAUCGAUCCCUCUCACGUUAUACACGUACAGUAACCGACGCAACUCACUACUUCAUGACAAAUUUCCUAUCAAUCAAGAGCUGGUCCAAAUGCAUUAGUCAAAACUCCAAUUAAUUCUGACAAAUCUUUAGUUAAAUGAGAACUCCAAAGACGCAUUGAAAGCACUAUUUCAGAAAUGACAAUUUUCUUUAGAGUGGUGGAAAUUCUGAAAGCUCGAAUAUUCUGGUCGAAUAGGUAAACUUAAUUCACAUAAGUACUUCGUAUAAGUACUUAAGGCCUUUCCAUGCAAACAACCGGGUGGUGAUCGCUCUAAUGUUGAAUUUUAUAUUCGACCCUGGCUUCCUUAGCACUGUUUAAUCUCUGUGUAGGCGCGUCUGCCUUAUCACGUUAUCCGUAACUCUAAAGGGCAACCUCUGGGACCUAUACGACUAAUUUACAAACGAGUUCCUGUUUCCCUUUAACUUAUUACUUUUCGUCUCCGAACCGUUCUCUCCAUUCACCCCUGCGUGCGUUCGAUCAUUACUGUUUUGCCGUCAUUAAGGGCACAGCACCUAGAACUUUUAGCGCGGUCUCCCAAAAAGAUAACAUGCAUCAGCGCUUAUAGACUUUUCUCUCUACCCAGGAAAUUCACCAAUUGUGCUGCAUAAGCAACCUGUUUCUCCUCAUCCCCGCCCUCUUCUCUGUUCGAUUUCUCUUCGCCAACUACAUCACUGUCUUUUAGAAUGAAUGAAUGAUGUAGCGUCUGCGUCUUCCCCAGUGUGCUCGACGGAAAUAGACCUCAAUGAACCAUUAUUCUCGGUCCUCGUCGAAAUAUUCAUAGCUUCACUUCAUGCAGUUAGCCAGCCUGUCACGAGUAUUUUUGGCUGUUUUUCAGAGUAUAUAGUCCGUAAUUCCAUUAAUCUCUUCCUUCUCACUAGAUGCGUCUCUUCCCUUCAUGCGGCAUCCGUCUCCGUUCUCAGCUUUAUCUCCCUGGUCAUUGAUCAUGAUCUAUGGAUCAACCCAAUUACGUGAGUGGCCCGUUUAUGGGUUAUUCUUUUUCUCACAGAUCUUUAUGCGCGGGCCCUCGUGCUCACAACAACACUUCACUUCUCGGCUUGACUGAAGGAUAAAGAUUAAAUUAGGUUUUUGCAGGACACCCGCCCGGGUGCUAUUUUCCUCCGCGUUGCCCCACUGGUGAUGCUGUACUCACCACUACAGUUUCCUAUUUACUCACUGUAAUCAGUGCGUCAUGUUUCUUCCACGUGAUGUAACUUGCGAGAUUCGCGCAAAAAUUCCUGAUGCAAACGCUAACCAGUCUUCGUCCUCCUCCAAAUGUACAGCAUUAGAGAUACCCUUGUUCCUCAUAAGACAGUAUAGUUUGCCUUGCAAGUAAUUUCUCUCUGAAUGGGGAAUAAGACUUUUUUUAAUGAAAAGCAGAAAUUCCAAAGAGCGAAUGCUUUAUAAGUCGCUUAGCUAAGGCUAAGUACAACAGUGUGUGAUAAAGGCAGGCGUAUCAGAGGAAUAGACAGAACUAGACCAUAAGCCCUCCCCCUCUUCGGAAAUGUCCCGAAAUCCUAAAUCCCUUCCUCUAUCACAAUUUUUAUUGGUUGUUUCUAAACUUUCUUUUCUCUGCCUUGAUGUUUAUUACUGCGCUAGUCUGAUGAUGAACAGUCAGAAGCGUAUGUUUGAAAAUCGGACCCAUCACGAGAGCUUAUUCUGCCAAACUGAAAGAAUUACGCCAAAAUAAGCAGGUUCUCGCCACCAGACCUGACAAGGGUUCUCGUCUCGUCCUGAUGAAUAAAGUAGUUCGGGUUUCAAAAAAAUUAUUUUGAUGUGUCAGUGCCCGACAGAUCCCACUCUCACAUGUAAUACAUCAGUAAAUCUAUCAGAUAUGGACACGGCCAACUUGUCUCGGUGAACUUUUCAGUUAAGACGUCUUUCCUUGCCUAAUACCAAUUUAAUAUGAUAAUUGCGGAGAUAUUUUCAAUGGGUUCGGGUUGGAUCUGCUCUCGCUUUGAGGACCGACAGCCGGGAGACUCGCUGUCGUUUAGAAAACUAACAUCAUGCCUCUUUUGGCAACGAAUAGAAAUAUCUACCUUCAAAGGUAUUGUGUCCUUAUGACAUAGCUCGAUGCCGCUGUAAGCGAAAGCAUCCUUCACGAUGUUGGUGAACACCUUGCUGUUGACGGUAUACGUUGUCUACCACCGAAGUGGCUGCUCGCUGACCGUCCUUGAAAGUGUGUUUUCGCGUGCCGUUCUUUCCUUAUAUGACCACCUGAUCCUGCUCCGUGGGCUUACGUAAAAAAAACUUACGCUCAGUGUCUGGAUCCUUACCUAGCAAGUGGAAUAUGUUUUCCGAUCAGUAUCUUAUUUAGAGGGGACACUAACACAUGCCCUCUACGAAUAGUCUUAUCCGGCAUAACAUGCUACUUUUUAACCGUUUGACGGACAAAACUGUUGUCUUGCCCACUUAUGAACUGCAUUCGCUCUUUUCGCCUAUUGCUAGGUACCACUUUAUACUUACUAAUUUGUCGUAGGUUGACCUUGAUAAUUUUGAAACUACUUGCUACCAACUCAGAUGACUGCUCUUCGACUGCUGUUUUCCGUGUCUGUUCACUGUCGACUGCGGACAAAAACUGUCCCAACAUCCUCACUGCACGGCGUAAUGGAGAAGGGUGACAGCAUGUUGCGGAUAUGCCUUCUAGCGCCUUGGAAUUAUUAACACGUUAGAACAACUAUUGUCAUCUGGCCUUGCCAUCGGAGCAGGGUGAGUGCGGAUGAGAGAGUGCCAUAAAUACUGGCCCACUCCGUGGAGAACGCGGUGCACGUCGUCGUUUGCGACCGUCAGACUGCCGUUGUUGUCCUUGGGCAGCAAAUUGCUCCUCUCAGCAGCACUGGCCCUGGGCAAGUAAAACCAUACAGCCUUCCAUUCGUCCGAGGAGUCGGUAAUGUCGUGGCCUUCUAGACAAUGAGGCGUUUUAAUAGAUAUGUAAAUCCCUAUAAUGCCUGGAUUCAGUUGUAGAUGUCUCUAGCCGUUCCUCUCUCAUAUUAGCUUUGGUACUCGAAAAUCAUGCCGGACCGCAGGUGAAGCAACAUUUGCCAUCAGGAAAUAUUCGUUCGCCAUGUCGUAAAACUGCAACGGCUUGCUACCAACUUACAGGUAACUGAUUGGUCACGUCGGUCCCCCAUCACGCCUACAGGGAUUGUCGCUGCAUGGUCCCGCGAGCCAGUUUGUUUCGCAGCUAGCCUAACAGACAGGCCUCAAUUUCGCACCGUGUGCGUGCCGGGAAGUGUGAAAGACCUGUGCGCCCACCGAAUCGAGCGCCUAUGGGGCACGAUCUGUCGUCUAGUCAGUGGGCGAGGGGAGUCAUCGCUCAGGACCUUGUGAGGGAUCGGCCGGGAGGAUGUAACUGAUGGGCCGCCUGCAGCCCAUGUUCUGACCACAGGCGAGGCGUUCCAGCAAUGUUUAUUUGCGUGGCGCUUUUCACCGCGACGCACGAUUCGAUUAGCCUUAAAUUGACGGAGUAAUUGGGCUUUACCGAACGCUGAGGAUUGGGCCACAGUGGCGCCUUAAUGUUGCCAUUGUGGCAACUCUCACCUGCGCGAGAUCCGCGAUCCACCACGUGUGUGCCACGCGUAUAGACGUGGGUUCAGCCUCGUCGGGCACUCCGCCCACGCCCCAUCCCCACCCGUCUUUACUCUCUCUCUCCUCUGUCUUACCACUGAUUUUCUAAGCAGACGUUGCACAAGCUUACCUUCGUUUACGAAUUAACACCCUCCCCCGCCUCCCCAGAGAAUGUCGGCCCUGGUCGGUUACUACAGGCUGACCACCGAAUGCUUUUCCGUUGUGAACGCUUACCAGUGUCCUAUGGAGGUCCGCCAAAUUCCUCUGCAGAGCCAUGCUUCUGGAUACUUGAUUAGUGAGCUCUGCUGCUCUGUACGCGUUUACGAGGCUUUUCCGUCUCGCUGUGACUGCAAAUUCCCAGCGACUUACUAUGGUUUGGAAGGCCAGGCCAGUCAAUAUUGACGCUUAUACUGUAAGCAUUGGGCAUUUGCGCUCUACUGGUUGAUAGACGAGCAGUAUGUUUCACGGGUUGUAUAUCCUCGAGCCAACCACAAAGAAUCACGGAGUACAAAGAUGCUGAGAUGACCUUUUCUCUGCCAGGAAGAAAAUGUGUACUUAUAUCGACUGUAGGGACUUCCCGACCUCGCUCCACAGAUUUUCCCAUUGGGCUGUCAUGAUACGGACUUUUGUGUACACUUUGACCACGACCCUCGGUGGCAUUGUUUACUUAGCAGCUAUUUGUGAUGUGAAGUAAAGACUUCUAGAAGUCAAAUUCAAAGGAUGUGCGAGAAUUUUUCAUUCACCUGGCUCACCGUCCUGCAUUCCAUCAACGAAAGUAAAUCAUCUUCUGCCUACGCUCUUUGUUUCCCUCCCUCCCUAUUCGGUGCUAAGACUUCGUCUGGGCAGAGUAGUUAUUCAUGCGGGGAGCCCGCGGUGAGCACUGCUUUCAGUGACAGAACUUUUGAGUCAAAUGGGUGAACGGUUAUCACGUCAACCACCAACACUGAUUAUGAAAUUGCGACCACUAACAUUUCAGAUGCGACGGUCAAGUUGUCUUCACACGAAGUAUGACCAUUUGCGGUGAAUGUGGAGUCUGCUAAUCUUCGACAGUAGUGCAUGAUGACAUAGCAACCGCAUCGUAUAAAUGUCGCCCUCCUUGUACGUUUCCGGUCCUUAUCCGUUGCCGUCUUAACUAACUGGACUGAGAGCGCAUCCGAAACGUCAGUCGAAUACCUCCGUUAAUCUCGGCCCUUCCUUCCUAAAGUUAUUAUUUGUGGUUAUGAUUCUUAAUAUACCAUGUUAUGGAGAAGAUGGAGACGCGAUCGCUGAAACAAACCUCAUAUUUGCCUGACGUUUCGAACCCAUUGUAGAUCACAUCACCAGAGAAAAAAUCGGAUAGGGGCAAUACUUCGCACAAUUGCCUGAUUCCGUCUCCGAUUAUUGUAUCGAGCGUGGUUCUGAAAUGUCAUGUACGUAAAACACUAGUUCCAGCGAUCGCGUUUCCUUCCCGACUGCAUCAGCGGAUUCAUCGCUUCUAUGGACACUUCAGGUUGCCAGGACUGGAUUAUCACGACGGUUCGAAAGUCUGGACCUUUCCAUUUCAUCUCUGCAUGGGAAUGUAUCCCAUUCCAAACGCAUCGCAUCCUAAUUUAGUAACAUGCGUCAUUUUCCAGCUUGAUGGUUUGCCUCGUAGCAAAAGCUCUGAAAGUGCGACCUGUUUAUGCCAAUUUCAAACUCAUUAAGGAAUUCAAAAGACAAUUUGGCGAGCAUACGUUAGCUUUCGAUGAAUUCUCAUCAGGCCUAUACAUUUAUAUUGCUGUCGAAAUGAUUAAAAGGAAAAUGCGGGCAAGCAGGAGUUAUUCUGUAGCUGGGGUUUGGGGCAACAGCAGAGGCGGCUGCAAUCAGGCUAUACAAACCAGUUCUAUGCGCACAGAAGAACUUCCUACAGGCCCACAGUUACCAUGGUCCAAAGCCACCAUGCCGGCCACCGUAUAAUUUCUCGUCCCAGUGUCCACCAUCCCCUUCUCCCCCCUGACACUGACGGUAAUUUUGUUUUCCACCUCACCCACCCAGACCCCCCCCCCAAACCCCAGCUACAGAAUAACUUCUGCUUGCCUGCAUUUUCCUUUUAAUCCUUUCGACAGCAAUAUAAAGGUAUAGGCCUGAUGAGAAUUUCUCGAAAGCCUACGUAUGCUCGCCGAAUUGUGUUUUGAAUUCAUGAAAACCCUUUCGCGUAGGCGCUGGAUUGUGUGUGAGGGCAAAGCAAAAGAUACUAUUUAUGAGCGAUAUCCUGAUCCUACAAGCCGCAAAUAAGGGGAGGAGGGGGGAGGCGAAGAGGGUAAAAAAACACCGGAGUGGCCUGGGCGUCUUGCUCAUGUGUCAGGUCAUUGUGACAACCACCUUCGGCAUCACCCUCACACUCUUAUUCCCGUUAUGAUCGGUGCCAAGACGUAGCCAGAACGACUGGUUAGGUGGCAUGGCGUAGUCUCUGACUUGACCUAAAUCCUCGUCUACACGGACUGCUACGCGCUUGUUGCCUCCUCUGCAGCCGAAAAAGACUUCACGCGUAAACGUACCAGUGUUGCCCAAACGAACGGGCUAGUCUUAGUUUGGUUUCACUGCCGGUCGAAGCGGUUACGGCCCUAAUCACAACGUAAUGAAGUCACCGAUGCGGGCUGGACCCUCCUGUACUACAGGUGGCCAUGCGCUAAAUUCCAGCGAUGUUGCUAUUCUCGUAUUAUAAGUUUAACCCUUAAACUCGCCUCCACCCUAAGCCUCCUAACCCUAACUCUAACCCCCCCCCUCCUGGGAUUUAUGGCAAGACCACCUGUAAUACGGAGGACCAUAUUCCAACCGAACUGGGGCGGUAAAGAGAAAGUCUCUACUGUUACAAUCACUGUACGCUGGACGUCGGACAAUAAGAGUUGCUCCUUUAGUUUUAAGUCGUUUUAAUAGUUUCACUUGAGUGUGCCUCAUUUCGCCUAUUAAUUGGCUCUCCCCAGGGGAGUCUGCGUUUUCGGUCAUAUCAGACUGCGGUUGACUGUUCGUGGCCAACAAGCGUUUUUCGCGAAACUGCAAGGCCAGCGGGGAUCAGAGCGCUUGCUAAGGUACGCAGUGUGCAGACAGGCGUUGUCUUCAUGAGGAGGCGACCUAUUGAUCAACGGUAUAUUUGCACUCCUCACACCUCACCUGUAAGAUGUAUGCCGCCCACUCCCUGUUCCGUGAAAUCCUGGUGCUUGUGUUUGGGGGGCCAGGUCGUGCAUGUGGCGCCCGCGGACAAGGUCACUAGACCAUGUCAGCCACCGCGCCCAUUCCUCGCACCAGUCAAAUUAACGCCUCGGACAGCGACUCUGGCCCGGGAAUGGGAAGGGAGAGUAAGGCCGACGACUCAACGCAUUCUCCUCACUAUAAACAAUCUGACCCGCUUGGAACUAUCGCGGUGCGCUAAAAGCUGUGGCUUGAAAGUUAUCCAACUGACGGGAUAACUUGGACCCCGCAGUCGGCCCAGUGUGUGUUUGUGUGGAGCAGCCGACUGGUGGUGGUCAAAGAGUCAGGUUGCAAUAGCUCCUUUAUAAUGUGGUCUUUAUGGCACUCCCACUCCAUGAGAUCCGUGCCAGGUGUGACGCCACGCCAAGGGGCGGCUCCGGCCGCGCCAUCCAUCUGUGCCCUCCCCCGCCUCCGGUCUUCUUAACUAUGUCUUGACACGGGACCCAGGUGAGGGAGGAUGCUGCAGUAGACGCUGCGCAAGACUAAAAUCACUAUACAAGAAAUCACGCGCAAGUCACCGUGUCUGCUUUCAGUUUGCUGUGGAGCACACAGGAGACGUCGUCGAAAUCGAUAGUCGAACUGUCACCAUGUGCACUUCUUUGAAGGCGUACUCCGCACAAGUUUUGACUACUGUUUUUUGCACUUGCUUGUAGUGCGUAUCUGCCAUAGCCAGAAGUCUCAAUAGUUAUCUUGCUGGAUCCUUUUACAGUGCGUCCCCUCUAUUGUUUCAGCCAGGAAUCUGAUGUUGUUUCUUCAGCUUUUUGUUUUCCCUGACAGUGUUUUAUUUUAACCCAGAGUUUAGUAGAUAUUUGGUGCUCACAAACUUACCAUUACACCUGGGGUUUUCAGAUUGGCAAAGUUGAAAGAUUCGGGUUAGAGCUUUGCUCGAUGCUUGUCACUCAGCUUCUCAGGUACUGUCCACUUCUCAAUUUUCUUAACUUUUAGAACCGUUUCCAGGGUUGGCUGCAUAGCUCUCGCAAUAUCAAUCGGCUACAUGAUUGCUGGUAAGUCGAUUUUACUUCUGUUUUGUACUCGAUUCCGUGUGCCUUUUUUUUUCUUUCGACGCCUUAAAACGGACCAAAUUGCGUAUUUACCAUCCGGCCGAGUUCGGACACGCCAAUGGCCGCGACACAAGUCAGGCUUUCUACUCACCUUGCCUCUUGGUCGCUUAUCCAACGGUGGCAGCAAUAAGAGUCUAUUUUUGACUAUCGCAGCCACAGUGUGCAGUCCUCAUGGAAGUCUAGGGCACUGUAUUCAGUAGUCUGUUGGCCGGACGUCAACUUUCAGUGUUUUAUUUUACCUGUCACUGCUAGUCCGAAACUGCCUACUCGUCAACCGCAGCAGUUUGCCGCCCUUUAAGCCAGCCCUUGAUGAAGACUGCUACUUUACUAUUCGCCACGCAUGACUGUACUGAGUAGCCAGCAGCGAAGCGAACUCGUGGGCCCCCCUCUUCCCGCAGCCCCCAUCCGAUUUCUUUCUUUCCAUCGUCGUUUCAUAUUUAUCAGGUCACCCCACAUGUAAUUUCGACCUGACCAAUAGGAUUUGAAAAGGAAUCCACCUAAUAUUCGUACAUGGCCAUUUUUCGUUCCUCACGAUCGUAUUGUAUCUGUGACUAGGAGGGUUGACAACGGUAGGGUGAAGGACCCAAUUAGUUAACAGUAUACUGUGGAUCGUGUCAUACGGGAAUGGCGGUACUGGGGGGCUUACAUGUGGGGCAGCACGCUGGACAGAAGGUUGACGGAAUGCAGGAAAACACAGAAGACGGUCGGUGGCAAAAACGAUACUUUCGAGUAAACUGGUGAAUGUAUGCAGAUACGGUAUCUACAGUUCGUGAGAAACCCAUGGCGCUGGUUUAUGGGGCUUACCAAUAUUUUGUUCAAGGCCUAUCAGCUUGCCGUUGAGGAAGAAGGCACACUGUUCCGCUAUUUUAAGCGCUCCGCUGCCCAUGGACUUGUUUAAUCAGUCUGCUUGUUAUCAAGGUCUGCUCUUCGAAGGCUCCAUAAAAAAGUGUUUUGUAUGGGGCAGAUCCCCAGGACGUUUGCCCUUUCAACGGAUGUGCAUUUAAACAGCAAAUACUGUCUCAACGUCCUUUCACAUGCCUAAAUAAAAAGAACAGGCUAAAUCCAAUCGAAAUUGUUCCCAUGAGUUGCAAUUCGAACCCCUCCGUUGUAGAUCAGUUGACCUCUUGACUGGUCAUCGUGGCAGAUCAAUUCUGAAGGAUUUGAACCUUCAGAAGGUACUGUACCGCUUUUUUGUUACAUCUCGCGUUGGUUUGAGCAAGCACAGGUCGACGUAGCAUGCACUGCCAGAAUGGCCAUUCAAAUGAAAUCGUGCAGGGCUUGUUAGAUCAUAGUACUGUGAGUUCGUGCGGUUAUAUUUGUCUAAGGCAACCCUAGUAAACAAGAGCUGCCAAGCAGACCAGGUUCGACUUCAUUACCCCCAUACUUGCUGGUCGGCCUCUGUGGCAAACUUGAAGCCUUUUAGGGUAAGGUGAUUCCAUACUAACAGCACAUGUACUAGCCAAAAGCCCAUACACGCGUGUUUCGCCGAUAUUCUGCCGCUGCAUGACACAGCAGCGAGGCGUUCGGCUCGUCAGUGGGUCCCCCAGCACUCCCUGUCUGCUUUCUGGUAGAUACUCCAAUUUAAAACUUUGGUCUGAGCCUAUAGACCUUAAGUAUACUUAUAUACUCCAAGUUCGCAAUUAAUUUCUAAGGAAAUUAAAAAGCUACAACGUGAAGCCUGUUACACACCACUACCGCCUACCCCACCUCGCAGACGGCUUGACCCUGUGCAUAGUUUGAUGCCGUGACCUCAGCGCAGCAACGGCCGGUGCCAUAACAACCAGGUUUCUGGUGAUCUGCUCUCGGAGACGGUUGUUGCUUGCCGCGCUAAGCAAAUAAAUGCCUUUGGACAUAUGUACAGGAUACCCGUGUGCGCACUGCUGCAGGUUGCGUCACGCAUUAAACGAGGGCCUCGAGCCAUGUCGUCCGUUGUGCCAAAUAUCAUAUCCGGUCAUCGCUGCCUCGAGCUUGUCGCUGAUUUGCGAAAGGGAGUGAGUUCUUUGCGCUCCUGAAAUCCCGCUUAGUUUUCUCACAAUAAGCAACCGAAAGCACUUUCGCACUAGCACGGCGAGCCAGGAAUGGUGGCUCGGAGGGUUUCCAACUGGCGUGGUGACUCAGCUCAUCUCAGGACUAAGGAUCAACCAGCAGUGACUUCUUUUUUUGUACUGUGACCUUAUGGAACCUCCCACUUCUGUAGAAUCCGAAACAUCUGCAUCGAGGAGCGAUACGGGUAGCGUUUGGACCCAGGUCGUGUAUGGCAUGCUGCUGGAUUUGGUCGACCCCUGCACCUACGUCCAUCCUUAA